ACCACGCUAUUUUCCAUCUUCUUGUCCGCUGCCGCACGCACAGUCAUGCAGCGGGCAAAAGGGAGUGCUAAAACCUAAGCCUGACUCGGGAGGCCGCGUGUUUCCUGGCGUGAAUGCCCCCCACCAAUGCAGUAGGAUGAUGAAGGGCUCAGGACUCCUGUGAGCAGCCUCCAUGAGGCCCUGGACCAGUGUAUGACUGCCCUGGACCUCUUCCUCACCAACCAGUUCUCAGAAGCACUCAGCUACCUCAAGCCCAGAACCAAGGAGAGCAUGUACCACUCGCUGACAUAUGCCACCAUCCUGGAGAUGCAGGCCAUGAUGACUUUUGACCCUCAGGACAUCCUGCUUGCUGGCAACAUGAUGAAGGAGGCGCAGACGCUGUGUCAGAGGCACCGGAAGAAGUCCUCUGUAACAGAUUCCUUUAGCAACCUGGUGCAUCGCCCCACUAUGGACCAAUUCACGGAAGAGGAAAUCCAUGCUGAAGUCUGCUAUGCAGAGUGCCUGCUGCAGAGAGCAGCUCUGACCUUUCUACAGGAUGAGAACAUGGUGAGCUUCAUCAAGGGCGGCAUCAAAGUUCGAAACAGCUACCAGACCUACAAGGAGCUGGACAGCCUCGUGCAGUCCUCACAAUACUGUAAGGGAGAGAACCACAGGCAUUUUGAAGGAGGGGUGAAGCUCGGCGUGGGAGCCUUCAACCUGACGCUGUCCAUGCUUCCUACCAGGAUCCUGCGGCUGCUGGAGUUUGUGGGGUUUUCAGGAAACAAGGACUACGGGCUGCUGCAGCUGGAGGAGGGCGCAUCCGGGCACAGCUUCCGUGCUGUGCUCUGUGUCAUGCUGCUGCUUUGCUACCACACCUUCCUCACCUUUGUGCUCGGUACUGGGAAUGUGAACAUUGAGGAGGCAGAGAAGCUCCUGAACCCCUACCUGAAGCGAUAUCCUAAGGGUGCCAUCUUCCUGUUCUUUGCGGGGCGGAUUGAAGCCAUUAAAGGCAAUGUUGACACAGCCAUCCAGCGGUUCGAGGAGUGCUGUGAGGCCCAGCAGCACUGGAAGCAGUUCCACCACAUGUGCUACUGGGAGCUGAUGUGGUGCUUCACCUACAAGGGCCAGUGGAAGAUGGCCUACUUCUAUGCCGACCUGCUCAGCAAGGAGAACUCCUGGUCUAAGGCCACCUACAUCUACAUGAAGGCUGCCUACCUCAGCAUGUUUGGGAAGGAGGAUUACAAGCCGUUCGGGGAUGAUGAAGUGGAGUUGUUUAGAGCAGUGCCAGGCUUGAAGCUCAAGAUUGCUGGGAAAUCUCUACCUACAGAGAAGUUUGCCAUCCGGAAGUCCAGACGCUACCUCUCUCCCAAACCAAUCUCGUUGCCAAUCCCUGCUCUGCUGGGGAAACCAAGACUCCACUGGGGAGGAAACCUGACUGACUUGCUCCCCUACCCUCAGGAAAUGAUGUACAUUUGGAAUGGCUACGCUGUGAUUGGGAAGCAGCCUGAACUCACAGAUGGGAUACUUGAGAUUAUCACCAAAGCUGAAGAGAUGCUGGAAAAGGGCCCAGAGAAUGAGUACUCAGUGGAUGAUGAAUGCUUGGUGAAGUUGCUGAAAGGCCUCUGUCUGAAAUACCUAGGCCGUGUUCAGGAGGCUGAGGAGAACUUCAGGAGCAUUUCUUCCAAUGAAAAGAAGAUUAAGUAUGACCACUACUUGAUCCCAAAUGCCCUGCUGGAGCUGGCCCUGCUAUUCAUGGAGCAAGGCAGAAACGAAGAGGCUGUCAAACUCUUGGAAACUGCCAAGCAAAACUACAAGAAUUACUCCAUGGAGUCAAGGACACAUUUUAGAAUCCAGGCAGCCAUACUCCAAGCCAAGUCUUCCCUAGAGAAUGGCAACAGAUCCAUGGUCUCAUCAGUGUCCUUAUAGUUUUAUGCAGCACUCCCAGGCUGGAAGACAGCUGGACAGAGCUGGAAACAUUUCAAAAAGAUCCCCUCCCCCUGCCCUGCCUUUGGGGUCCACCGGUGCUCCAGUGGGAUGGCACAACAUUUGUAUUCAUGCAGAAGAGAAGUCGGCAUUUUCACCAGUGUGGCCAAGGGCCUUUACCAAGGACAGAGCAGGUGGAGCCCUCUGCCUGCCCUAUCACACAUACGGGUACUUGUUUUUCACUGUGAUGUUUAAGAGAAUGUAUGAAGAGUUUACAUGUUAGAAAUACAUUAAUGGUAUCACAGUUGGCUUAAAAAAAAGUAACCAACCACCUGUAAAUCUGUUUUAACCCAUUCUAAUCUGGAGGUAAAUCUAUGAUGUCCAAGACCAAAUUGCUUUUCAAAAUUCAGCAAGGUCUCAGCUUCCAGGGCUGAAAGGACCCUUCGGAGGGUCUGUACCUCAAAAGCUUCAAGGCUUCUGAGGGGUGGGCAUAGAGGUUGCAUACAGACACCCUCUACCUUACGUCUUACACUUCAUUUUCAUUCCCUUAGUAACUCUCCAAUUAAAAAAAAUGAAAGUUGUCUCACUAAAAAGACAUGUGAGUCCAUCUGUAGGAAAAAAAAAUAUUAAUAUUCACCAGUAAGAAAUAGGGGUUGCCCAGGGGGGAUGGAAGGGGAGCUGUGUGGCCCUUCUGUCGGGGGAAGUUCUCAGACACAAGUCUGCAUCCUCACUGUAUGCCAAACUGAAACAACUGGGAAUAAUUUACGAAACAAAAAUCUUCUGUAUUUCACUCCAAGGUACAUUUAUUUACUGACAGCAUUUUUCUUAGAAUGGUUAUUCUUGGCCUGUUGUAUAUGUUUUAGAUUUUUUUAGUAAGAGAAAAAAGAUAUUUAAUAAAACUUACACAACUUAAGAGAUCAUGCAA